ACGAAGCAAUUCUUCAGUUCUUCUCACUGAGCGCUCCUUCACAAAAAAACACACACUCUCUAUCCUCAGACUAUAACUUGUCACAAUGCCUUCUAUCGUGCAUGUUGGACCCAACGCAACCGACAAGUCCUCACUUAAGCCUGUCAUGCCCCCGCGUCUGGAACGCCUUGCCAACAUGAAGCGAAAGCGGGGCUCAAGCUCUUAUGAGAGCUCCGACUCAGGACUCCCCUCAGGAAAGAAGCCGCCUCGGAAAACUGGGUCUAGAUCAGACGCAUCGCGUCUGAUGAUAAAAAGUCGGCCCUCAAAACGGCAGACUCCCAUUACAGUGGAUGACGAGUCAGACGAUGGUAAUGCCCCGGAUGAUAAGCAGGAGGAGAAGGAGUCAUCAAGCUCAAAACCAAAUGAAGCGGUGUCGGACAGGCCGCGUCUGUAUAUUAGAAUCCGGCUUCCGAAGCGGCCGACUGAUACUGCGAAGGACGACCACUCCAAUGAUCGUAAAUUACAGAAGAAAGAGGAAGAUGAUGACAAUUAUCUGGAGGAUAGCUCCCCCGAGAGUAGUGAGGACGAGUACGUACCUCCACGCAAGCGCCAGCGUAGACGCAUUCAAGCCAUCUCAAACCGCUCGUCCUCGCGUGCCCAGCGCACCUCCACCUCUGCUUCCGCCGUCAAGCACGAUAAAGGAGUGCAGACAAUGUGAUCGCAUCUUUAUCACUACAAUACCAAUGGUUCAUAUUUUUCAACUUUUUCCAACGAUUUAGAAAGCUGAUGAGAUGUCAUAGAAAUGGUUGCCUAUGUAUUAUAGAAAGUUUAGAAGGGGGCGUUCUCGAGAUAAUCAUACCAUUAGCUAAUGAAGAGGGACUCUCGGGGAAGAUCUAGGUGUAAAAUAUUGUCUCACGGAAUGUACAGUAUCGUUAAGUAUGGAUAGGAUUCGAACAAAGCAUGGGCACAAAGCAUGAGUAUGUUCUAUGAUGGGUAUGCGCGAGCAUUGAAUUUAGC